CGUAAUUUUAGUUUAAUUUCCACCCUUUACGGGGUUUCUUAUUACAAAACAUUCAGCUGCAAGCACGAUCGCUUUUAAAUACUCGAAUAUGUUUCUGGUCUCAACGAUUCCAAACACAACAAUACCGAACUUGUCUGAAGGCCGGCAAAGCCAAGUCUUUAGAACGUGGUUUUCCAGCUUGGUCCCACCAUACUCCCUUCACUUCCCUCUCUCUCAUUGCCACAUUCCGCCUCUAUACUUUCAUCCACAUUUUGACCUCUGAAACCACCCCCCCACGUAGAUCCCCAGCCACGGAUGAACAGACCAAGUUGCCCUGAUCCCAGCUCAGCUCGUCCCUGGAUCUCCACCAGCGCCGAUCACAUUCUGCAGACUCCGUUUCCCUUUUAUAAUCUCAGCAGUCCUUGUUUCAUUACCUCCAUCAUCUUCCAUUGCCCAAAUGAUCUUCGUGAAGAAGUUCAAGACAUUCACCUCGUGGACAACUCUCAUUUUAGCCGUUGUAAUUCUGUGUUUGGUGCAGUUAGUCCCGUGCCAAGAUGCGACUGGCGAUACUAACCAAUUUGACAACCCUGCAACUCUUGCGCUUAUCACACAGGUUGUCUACGGUCAGCUUUCCAAUCUGAGCGCUGUUAUUCAGAAGGAUGUCGGCAACCAGUCCAGCUUCUGCAUUAAGGAUUGGGAUGCUGAUUGGGGCCGAGCAUUUGAUUUCUCAUCCAACUUGGACUUCUUGUCUUCUUGCAUUCAAAAGACUAAUGGAGACAUUACACGGCGCGUGUGUACAGCAGCAGAAAUGAAAUUUUACUUGAAUAGUUUCUUCGAAAGUCCGGGAAGUGAAAAUUACUUGAAACCUAAUAAGAACUGUAAUUUAACUUCAUGGGUUUCUGGUUGUGAACCAGGAUGGGCUUGUAGUGUUAAUUCAAAUCAGCAGGUUAAUCUUAAUGAUGCAAAGGUCAUCCCUGCAAGAACUCUGAACUGCCAGGCUUGUUGUGAGGGUUUCUUCUGUCCUCAUGGUAUUACAUGCAUGAUACCGUGCCCACUAGGUUCUUAUUGUCCCCUUGCUAAGCUCAACAAAACCACUGGUGUUUGUGAACCAUAUCUAUACCAACUACCUCCUGGGCAACCAAACCAUACUUGUGGAGGAGCAAAUAUUUGGGCUGAUGUUGGUAGCAGCAGUGAGUUAUUCUGUUCAGCAGGCUCAUUUUGUCCAACUACCACCAGAAGAAUUACUUGCAGCAGUGGAAAUUACUGCAGGAUGGGUUCUACAUCCGAGAAAAGCUGCUUCAAGUUGUCUUCAUGCAAUCCAAACUCUGCGAAACAAAACAUGCAAGCAUAUGGAAUUAUGCUUUUGGCUGCUUUAAGUACUCUGCUACUCAUCAUUUACAACUGUUCUGACCAAGUUCUAACCACUAGGGAAAGGAGGCUGGCCAAAUCCAGAGAAGCAGCAGCCAGAAGUGCAAGGGAGACAGCAACGGCACGCCAGAAGUGGAAAACAGCAAAAGAUGUUGCUAAGAAGCAUGCAAGUGGCUUGCAAGCUCAUCUAUCACGCACUUUUUCUCGUAAAAAAGAUUUUACACAUCCUGAGAAACUUAAGAUUUUGGAUCAAGUCAAAUCAGAUGAUGAUCCAAUACAGCAUCCAAGUACUUCAGACUCAGUUGCAUUUCUGUCUUCAAGAGUGACAUCAGUAGAGAAGAAAACGGAACCCAGUGACCUCUUGCAAAUAAUGCAAGAAAUUGAAGAUGACCCUGAUGGCUGUCAAGGUUUCAAUGUUGGAACAGGAGAUAAGAAUAUGAACAUACCUGUGCCAAAGGGAAAACAAACGCAUACCCAAAUUUUUAGGUAUGCAUAUUCUCAACUUGAGAAAGAGAGAGCUCAGCAGAAAGAGAAUGAGAAACUUACCUUCUCAGGAAUAGUAAAACUAGCUACCAAUACUGAAAUUAGGAAAAGGCCUCUACUUGAGAUUUCUUUCAAAAACCUGACUCUUACCUUGAAAGCAAAAAACAAGCACUUAUUGAGGUGUGUUACUGGUGAAAUAAAGCCUGGCCGCAUUACUGCUGUCAUGGGUCCAUCUGGGGCUGGAAAAACAAUCUUUCUCUCUGCUGUGGCCGGAAAGGCAAUUGGAUGCAAAAUGACUGGUUUAAUUCUUAUAAAUGGAAAGAAUGAGUCAAUCCACUCAUAUAAGAAAAUUGUUGGUUUUGUGCCACAAGAUGACGUUGUGCAUGGAAAUUUGACAGUGGAAGAGAAUCUCUGGUUCAGUGCAAAGUGCAGACUAUCAACCGACUUGUCAAAACCGGACAAAGUUCUAGUUGUUGAAAGAGUUAUUGAGUUCUUGGGGCUUCAGACAGUGCGGUCAUCGUUGGUUGGAACAGUGGAAAAACGAGGAAUAUCUGGAGGCCAGCGGAAGCGAGUAAAUGUGGGAUUGGAAAUGGUAAUGGAACCUUCACUUUUGAUCUUAGAUGAACCAACAUCUGGUUUGGACAGUGCAUCGUCUCUGCAACUUCUUAGAGCACUUCGACGUGAAGCUCUUGAAGGGGUAAACAUCUGCAUGGUGGUUCACCAACCAAGCUACGCCUUGUUCAAGAUGUUUGAUGAUUUGAUACUUCUAGCAAAAGGUGGUCUUACCGUCUAUCAUGGACCAGUGAAGAAAGUCGAAGAAUAUUUUGCUGGCCUUGGGAUCAAUAUCCCAGAGCGUGUGAAUCCUCCAGAUCACUUUAUUGACAUUUUGGAGGGUAUAGUAGUGCCUGGAGGCAGCUCAAGAGUGAGUUAUAAAGAUCUUCCAGUCAGAUGGAUGCUUCAUAAUGGGUACUCAAUACCCCUUGAUAUGCAGCAGAAUAACGCUGCACUUUCUAGGUCUUCUAUGGAUGUAAUUCUAGCUAAUGAAACAAAUCCUUCUGUUGCUGGAAUGGAGGAUCAUUCUUUUGCCAGAGAGAUAUGGCAAGGUAUGAAAAGUAAUGUGGUGCUGCAGCGGGAUAAAUUGCACCUCAAUUUUUUGAAGUCCAAGGACUUAACAAAUCGAAGGACUCCUGGUGCAUUCCAACAAUACAAAUACUUCCUUGGGAGGGUUGGUAAGCAGCAACUACGGGAAGCUAGAAUACUAGCAAUGGAUUAUCUGAUCUUAUUACUUGCAGGAGCUUGCUUAGGAUCACUUGUUAAAGUGAAAGAUCAGUCAUUUGGUGCAGAUGCUUAUACCUAUACCAUUAUUGCAGUUUCACUUCUUUGCAAAAUUGCGGCUUUGAGAUCAUUUUCUCUGGAUAAAUUACACUAUUGGAGGGAGAGUGCUUCUGGGAUCAGCAGCUUAGCUUACUUCCUCUCUAAGGAUACGAUUGACCAUUUUAAUACAGUGAUCAAGCCCGCAGUAUAUCUCUCUAUGUUCUAUUUUUUCACAAAUCCAAGAUCUAGCUUUGCAGAUAAUUACAUUGUUUUGUUCUGCCUAGUGUACUGUGUAACGGGUAUAGCCUAUUCAUUGGCCAUUGUUUUCGAACCUGGUACAGCCCAGCUGUGUUCUGUUCUUCUUCCAGUUGUUUUAACUCUCAUUGCAACACAGCCGAAAGAUAGUGAAUUUAUGAAGAUUUUAGCUAAUUUGUGCUAUCCUAAGUGGGCUUUGGAAGCAUUUGUCACUGCAAAUGCCGAAAGGUAUUAUGGAGUGUGGCUGAUAACUCGCUGUGGUUCUCUUCUGAAAAGCGGCUAUAACGUUCAUGAUUGGAAUCUUUGUAUAGCAAUCCUCGUAUCCAUUGGUUUAGUUUGUCGUGUGAUAGCAUUUUUUUGUAUGUUGAUCUUCCAGAAGAAGUGAUAUCAGACUCAUUACCACUUUUACCCGUAUUACUUCCACAUAUACAGCCAAUACAUACUGCUUUGUGAGGAUUGUAUCACAAAAUGAGACGAAGAUUGGAAAACUUGGUUUAUUGGCCGAGGGAAUCAUAUGAAAGGCUUUUGACAAAAUAGUUCAAGCCUUGAAGAAUCCAAGUUGGCUCCAUGAUA